CUACCCCUUCGUCCUCACCUCCGUGUGCUCUGCUCUCCGCCGCUCCGCUUCUCCCCCAUUCCGCGCAAACCUUGCAAGAACGGGAGGAGAGAGGAGAGGGGACGAGACCACGGCGAUGGUGAUGCUGGAGGAGUUCGCCGCCGUCCUACGAGGCCAGGAGACACCCCCUGUGUUUCUCGACCUGGAGGAAUCCCUUCGGGCCAAGGGCGAUAUGACGCUGCGCGAGGAGGCCACAUUGAAGGUCUUGAAGGUGGUCGCGACCCUGGGCAAGGCCAUCUCCACCGGGGCGAUCGCCGCCGUGGGGUAUUAUGUUCCCGGCAUUGUUGGAGCUAAAUUUGGUGAACCAUCUCUUCCUCGGCUACCAAGAUUCGCCAUGGCUGCUGUCACUUCAUGGUUUGCUGGAAAGGUGAUGUAUUAUGCAAUCUUGCAAGGAAGUACUGAAUUCAUUUUGAAACAUGGAGAAGAACGCAUGAAGAUGGAGCUAUCUAACAUAAUACUCAAUAAGCACAGUGAUGAUAAAACACUGGUUGAAGCUGUAAAAACGCAGUUCUUUGCUGAGCAUCUGUUUAGUGAUCAGUAUCAAGAUAGGACACUUUUCAGGUGGCAUCUACGCCGUACUUAUGUUGACAGCGCCUUUAUGGAAAGGGUGAAGGAGAUCGAAGUGAAGAGCUCAAAUGAUGGGCCUGGAUUAAUUUCUGGACAGAGAAUUAUAAGCACUAGACCAUUUGGAGACCUCAUGGAGGACCCACUGGCGUGUAUACUUGGUUCUCCAGACAGCAACAUGGAAAGCAACAAGUCUGCUGAGCACACGGGUACUAUCGUGAAGAGAAGGGAGGUACGAGCCCACAGAAGAAGUCACCGGCAUCAUCAUCGACACGCCGACAAAUUUUCCGCACUGUGAUUUGUGUUGUCUAUAUCAGAGCUUUCAGAUGUGGAGUAGUAUGAAUGCUGGGAUUAUCCUUCGAGCCUCCAGUCGCAGGCAACUAUUAGGAAUAGAAUUCUGGGAUGGUUAUUCGCGUCCAAGAGCAAAAUGAAGUUCAUAGGGAUGUUUCUAUGUUUCUUCCAUGUCUAGGAAGUUUCUGCUUGGCGCAAUGCGGCCUUCUACUUUAACUGAAACAUGUGUUUUUUGACUUGCGAUCUGAUCAUCACAGAUUGCUUGCCCACCUGCAGUUCUGGUUGAACCAAUCAGGUUGCAACCUAAUGUGCCCAUCUGCAGUUUGUUAGCACGAUGUAAGCAACAUCUAUAUCUCAAACAUGGAGAAAUUGUUGGCAGAAACUAA